AGUCUCAUCCAACACAAAGGCGCAAGAAGAAAGUCCCAAAGGAGGAACGAGGAGAAGAAGAAGAAGAAGCCAAGAGGAACGGACCCCAAAAGGCUUCUAACUCCAAAAAAGCCAUCAAUGUAUCUUUGUACCCCUUGACUUAUAAGCUUCAACAACUCUUUCUUCUCUCCUCUCAAGCUUUUUCUCCCAAGAAACCACAUGGAAAGAAAACACCAACAUGGGCUCUUACCGAUCCUCUCUGUUAUCGUCACCAUCUUCCUCGGUGCCUUGUCCGUCACAUCAUGCAUAGCCGCGGAAUUCAAGAGAGCCAAGAUUAACGACCUCAGGUUGGAUGGGAGAUUUUGCUAUAUGCCCGGAAGUCAUUCAUUUGGCUUCGGAAUUGGGGCUUUGGUUUGUCUUUGCAUCGCGCAAAUCAUCGCCAAUAUGCUGGUCUGCAGAAACUGCUGUACAAGGGAGAUGACAAGCAGUUGCAAGGCCAAAACACCAAUGAUUUCGACUCUUCUUCUACUUAUCUCUUGGAUCAGCUUUGGAAUUGCAGUGAUAUUGUUGGGGAGUGCCACAAGCAUGAGUAUUAGGCAGCCAUAUGGGAAAGGAUGGUUGAAUGGCGAUUGCUACGUCGUCAAAGACGGCGUAUUUUUUGGAUCCGCUAUCUUGGUGCUGCUCACAAUAGGCUUCAUGCUCGGCUCCGCCGUGACAUCCAAGACUCGGAGGAAGACACAAAUUGACCAAGAAUUCACACUGCAGCAGCAGCUAGAUCCAAAGUUUAUAGCUUAAAGAGAUAAAAUAAAUAGAGAGGAAAAAACUGAAGGGCGAUAUAAAAUAAAUAGAGAGGAAAAAACUGAAGGGCAAAAUAUUGCCAUACAGGUUUUUUUUUUUUUUUGAACUAUCUGA